GAUUCCCUUUCCAGUACUCCCUAGUAAAAGUAGGGAGUACACGAAGUCGUGGGGAGAAAUGUAGGGGAAUAAAGAGUUCAUUGACAAUUACGGGGGUGUGGAUCGAGCGGGAAGGCCGCAAUCAGUUUUUUCCUGACAACGUUGAUAAAGUCAUUUAAAUAAGUGUAAAAUUAGUUAGGCCAGUUGUGAAGUAGAUAUCGAUACGUUUACUCGUUGUAUCUACCCUCUGUCGCUAUAAAAGAUGGCACCGUUGUGUUUCGAGGUGAUCCUCGUCGGUUUUAUUCUUGUGUUACCGUUCUUAUAUGAAAUGAGCAGGGCAUUCCGUUACUAUUUCAAGUUCCUCAUUUACUAUGGAUGUGUAAUGGUGACUUCAAUCACCCUGCUCCCGAUCAUGCUGUUACGUCCAUGGAACGUAAAAAAUUUCAUAUUAGCAUCGUCUAUGUGUUCCUGUUUUACUAACUUCUUGGGAGUCCGUUGGGAACUCAGGGGGAGGGAACAUUUAGAACAAGACAGAGCAUGUAUAAUAGUAGCGAAUCAUCAGAGUUCUUUAGAUAUAAUGGGAAUGUUUCAAAUAUGGCCAGUAAUGGACAAGUGCACAGUUGUAGGGAAAAAAGAGCUUUUUUAUGCGUGGCCUUUUGGGCUGGCUGCUUGGCUUUGUGGAUUGAUAUUUAUAGAUAGAAUGAAUUCAGAAAAGUCUCAUCAAUGUAUCAAUACUGCCACAAACCAUAUUAAAAAUAAAAAGAUUAAACUAUGGAUAUUCCCUGAAGGUACCAGACAUAAUACUGGUCAGAUUCAUCCUUUCAAAAAAGGUGCCUUUUAUGUUGCUAUUAAUUCUCAAUUACCUAUAUUACCAGUUGUAUUUUCUUCCUACUAUUUUUUGUCUUCUAAAGAAAAAAGAUUUGAUUCUGGUCAAGUUAUUAUAACAACAUUGCCACCAAUAUCUACAGAAGGUUUAAAAAUAAAUGAUAUCGGCCAUUUAAUGCAAAAGACACAAAACAUUAUGGCAGAAGCUUUUCAAGCAACUAGUUGUGAAGUACAACUUUCAAGUACUUCUAUUACUUUCUAAAGUAAAAUAAUAAUUCCAAGAUUUAUCGCAGUCGGAGAAGCAUUCGGAAGAGGAAAAAGUUCAUAAACGUCGGUCCUCGAUUUUUCAACGCCGUGUAAGCGUAUUCAACGAAUGUAUAGGCGAUAACGAUAACGAGGAAUAUGUGUCCAAAAC